GCCUGGGCACCGUGGGCGUUUGCUAAGAAGGAUCCGAACAAGGUGAUCGCCGCCUUGGAGCUCCUGGCGACCCUGGUCAAGCUAUGGGUCCCGUGCAGUGAGGAGAGGAAAUCCUCGAGGGAAGCGAUACGGGGCUACACAGACAACAAGUCGAAUGAGGCCGUUCUGCGAAAGCUGAUGACGACGAAGUUCCCUUCGAUUUUGGUCCUCAUGGAGCUAGCCGAGGAGCUGGCGGCCAAGAACUGUGAGCUCCAGCUACAGUGGAUCAGAAGGGACCUUAACCAGCUAGCGGACGACUUGACAAAUGAGAACUUCGCUAGCUUCGACCCCAAGUUUCGAAUAGAGCUUUCGGGGGAAAAGCUAGACUGGAGAGUUUUGGACAAGCUGCUCGUGCAUGCUAAGAGCUACUACGAAGGGCUCGGACUUAGCAAGCGAGCGAAAGGGUCGAAGCCGGGGCGCUUCGCAAAGAGGACCCGAAAGCUAGAUCCCUGGUAG